GCAAUCAGGGCUGAGCGAAGGGGUUGGGAUGGGCUUUGUGCUCAUGGAGCGGCCGCUUGAACGGAGGGCGAUGAGACAUCCCAGCGCGCGCCGGUCCUCCACUCGAAGCUUCGUCACACGCCGCUAAAAGCGAGCCGAGGCGGCUGUCAAAAAAAAUAACACUCAGAAAACACAACAACAACAACUACAGCAGAAAAAGAAAGAGCCUGUCCCACGGCUUGCGCGCAUUGCCUGCGGGGGAGCGACACUAAACGGCUCCGUUAUUCGCUGGAGGAAGCAGCGACGCGCGGUCCAAGUUACUUAACGCGCAAACUCGGCUGCCGGGGUGGGGAGGAGGAGGAGGUGGUGGUGGGAUAUUGGCGGCGCAGGCGUGCGUCUGUGCGCGGGUGAUUGCGUGGGGAGGGUCCCACCACCACCAUCAUCACCGCCGCCGCCGUCGCCGUCAUUCGUCAUCAUUUCCUGGUCGGCUGUGGAUCAUGCCUGUGGAGACGACUUUUAUAAACCCAUUUUUUUUCUACCCCGAGUUUUCGCACCAAGACGCGAGCCGCGGGGACGUGGGAGGGUCGUGGCCCGAGGGCUCGCCCGAGAUUUACGCCGAGUACUCGGAGCUGGCCGACACGAGCGACCUGUUGAGCUUCGUCAACACGGCCUCGAGCAACAUCAAACUUGCCCUCGACAAACCGGCCAAGUCCAAGCGGAAAGUGAACCACAGGAAGUACCUGCAGAAGCAAAUCAAGCGCUGCUCCCAACUCACUACGGUGCCCGUGACACCCCCACAUCAUCAUAAUCAUCAUCCUCCUCCGCUACCACCACCGCCGGCCGUUCCUCCAUCUCCUCUUCAAGCCACCACCGAGCACCAACGAAGCAGAGGACUCCUCUGCCUGGAAGACGACGAUGACGAUCACCUGGAUCGGGUGUAUGUGGCCAGCGAAGGGGCUGGACUGGCGUCGCUCGGCAAGGCCCUGCAGGGACACGCGGCUCAGUUCCGAAAAAUCUCCGCCAAGUCCCCGAACGACAAGAGGCCCAGACUGUCUCGCUCCGUGGCGCGGGGCAGGCAGCUGCCCCUGAGGGACCGCAAUCUGCCCGCGUCCUUCUUCACCGAGCCAGCGGCGCUUGUUACCCACCUCGACCAACUUGAGCAUCAUCACCACCACCAUCAACAACAGCAGCAGCAGCAGCACCAGGCCGAUGUGCGGUCAUCGUGGGAGGCCGAGGACGGUGGCGUUUGGGACGCGGGCGAAUUUGCACAUAAUCAACACCAACAGCACGACCAUCAGCAGCAUGGCAUGCACACACCAGAUUUCUUCGCAGAACAGCAAAGCAAGCUGAACCCCGAAGUCGCCACAGCCGCCUCGAUGCAGCCCAUGAACUUGGGUCCGCCUUGCCAGGAGACGCACGGCUCGCUGCACGAGAUGAGGACUUGGGAGCUCACGCUGGCCUCAAUGCCCAGCGCGCACGGGAUGUACAGAAUGGACGGACACUCGGAGCUGGUCGAGAGCGCCCUGUGGACGGAGGCGCCACUGGCAGAGGCGACCCCGACCGCGGCCCUGCUGAGCUGGAGCAGGGCAGGCGCGUACCCGCCUUUCUGCUGCUCCCAAUGCCACGAAUCUCCAGAGUUCUGCAUCCAUCAAGCGGUUUGAGACCCGCGCCGCGCACUGUUCUGCCCACGUGAAGGGCGCCGUGGCACUGUUAUAUCGGCGUGGCAGAGCCGGUGGUGGUGAUGUGUGUGUACAGGACAGCUUAUAGCGAUCAAUCGGCAGCGUUCCAGCGGCAAGCACAUUUUUGGGAGGGGAAUGUUUUAUUGAAAGUACAUUUUGCGCGUGUUCAUUAGGGGGCCGUUAUAACACGGCCCCGUAUAGACACGCACAGAUACAUUAUUGUACGUGAACUGUAACAUAAGCACAAAGUUGUGACCAAUUAUAUGGUAACGGAAUUGAAACACAAAGUGCACAGUAGAGGGUUAUUCAAGAGCUCGUUUCGGUGCAAUGAAAUCCAACUGCAGUGCAUUGUAAUGUCAUCGGCGAACAAUUUAUAUCAACAUUUUCAACCACAGGUAUGAUCUGACGAUACGUGAACUUCAUGGAACUUCAUUGCCAAAGGUUGUAUUCAUCUGCUCUGAAGGAGGGACGUUGACGAACGCCAGUUUCCCCGACACGAAGCCGAUCUUGACUGACCGAUGAACAUUGUAAUAAUGAUCUAGCAGAGCUGUAAAGCUCUGAAGUUUGGCACGACUUUGAGUAUAUAAGUGUACUCGUACAUAGAAUUAACCGAAAACAAUGUGGGAAUGUUGGUCUCCACACUUGCAAGGGGUCGGGGUAGAAAUGUAACCACUUUAGUUUUGAAACCCGGCCUACGAAAGGUAUCUCGAUUAUUUCAAGAAAUGCAGAGUUCAAAUAUCAAUUACAAUUUUAUGUUGAUUCAAUUUUUGGACACUUUUUCGUGAGUAGAACGCUUAAAACGUAAAAUAAAGACAAAUAUUGUAACUUGUUACGGGUAACUAUCCCUCCGUUACCCAACACUACGAUUGCCACAAUUGUGAAAGUGUUUUUCAACCGAUGCGUUGUGUUUGCAAUUCCGUUAUCAAUGUGCAAUUACGUAUUUUUCUGAUGUUAAUAUCGUGGCAGCUAUGGACUAUGCCGAGUUAAACUACGUAUCAUCCGCAUGUUAUCUUACAUCCAAUACAGACCCACGCUGAUGUUCAGAGUCCAGACCGCAGGAAGACGUUUUGAUUUGCCAGGGCAAACAAAUCAGCCAAUUGCCACACUGUUUGUUUUCUUAGCCACUGGCAUAAGAAAAAAAUAUUAUAAAUUUAAUGACAAAAUGUUAUAUUCUUAGAGAGCGCACAUUAAUGUAUUUUCUGUGUGUUGUGAAGACUGUCGUGAAAUAUAAUCUCUGCCACCUAGAUCUAUAACUGUCAAAUAUAGAUCCAAUCGUUACAGUUGUGGAGGGAGUUCCCAUAACAUCAUCACCGCGCUUGAUUACCCCGGCAAGGCUCACAGAGUCCCCGUGUGACUCCUUUUCAGGAGAGUCCUGCCAAGCUUUCGCAGUAGCAGGCUAUGACUGCUCGUGUCUAUUCCAAUUGAGUAAUUUGCGGGUUAUUAUUCGCAUGUAAUCCUGAUGACAUCGUCAGUUAAAUUAUUUGGGUAUGGUACUGAUCAAUUAAAAUUGACAUUUUCACAAACUUAAAAACACACUGUGAAUAAAAAUAUAGGCUGGUAACUGAUACAGAUGUAUUAUACGAACAGUUUAGCUGAAUCAACUUAAUAUAACCGUGUUUGAUAAUGCCACUAAACUUGGUACUUUUCCAUCACGCAACGGAGACGCGGAUAGUAAUACAGGAACUCAGCGUCCGUAUGCACUGUAUAUAUUGCACGUGUUUCUCUUGCCCACUCAUACCGUUGUACUCUCCAAUGGUUGCGCCAACAGCACAUCGAAAGCAAUGGCAGAAGUUUUUGUGUUGAAAGUAUGCGCACACUCGAUAUUGUGGAGCUGACAAACGGGAUCCAGCCGCGCUAUUACGACACUCAAACCAACCCCGACGGCGCUGUGCUCAGAAGACUUACGAUGGCCAUUAUUAAUCCUUGCGUGUUUUCAUCAUGUGAAAUGAAGAAUCACAAACGCCGAUUUAUGUUCUGUAAGUCUACCGUGUGUAUAUAUAUUAUGCGCGACGGCUCAAAACAGUGUUGAUAAUCAACGAGAGGGAGCACCGCCAAUAUCACAAGAUUAUUUUCCGGGGCCCCGGACACGUUGCAUAGACGUACGAGGCAACCGCUGCACGUGAGAGAAUAAUCAUUUGGGCUUAUGUGUGUUUGUCUACUUAAUCGACAUAGUCAAAAUUGACUGCAUCAUAAUAAAGAGAGAGAGAGAGAGGGGAGCUCAUAGUCACGAAUCAAUAAUAGAGGCCGCCAAUUACAUCGUGUUGUAACUAUACACCCCUGUGUAAAAAGAAAAUAACCGGCCGUUAGUACACGCAGAGCGUCACGUUUCACCUUAUGCUUGCAUUAUCUUGGGAGAGGGUUUAUACGUGUGACUUUAGGUGCUCUAUUACAAGCCAAGUAGAGAAAUGCAUGAACUUAAACAAAUGCCUUGCUUCUCAAUCAAACUUUGUUCAUAGUUAACCUUUACAUUUUUUAGCGCGGACUAUUUUGUUACAUUUUACAAGGUAAAUUUUCUUGCACUUUGUAUGUUUUUUUAAGUUUGCAGCGGUGCUGUUUUAAAUUAAUUUGAGGAUACGCCAUUCGUAACACUGCAAAGCUUUUGUUUUCCUGUACGCUUGACCGUCUAGCACAAUUAUACGCUUUGUUGUGAAUGCGUUCUCUCGUUUUGCAAUGCACGUCUUCACACAAGAGACAAGUAAAUACACAAGAGCACAUUACAAUGUACACAGUAUGCACGCGAGGAGUAAAUAUCUUGAACAUUAACGAGUGGACCGCGAGCUCGCAAUUUGGAUUGUGUGCAUCACGCGGACGGCGUGUUUGGUUUUUGCUGUAAAUAAAUACGUUGAAAAAUAUGCUCACAUUGAGCCGUGUGCCUGUACAUGUGCGUUACGUUACAAUUGUCUAUGUUCACCUGUCAUUACCAUUUCAGUACCACGGAUUGUCUAUAUUCACCUAUCAUUAGCAUUUCAGCACCACGGAGAGCGACCUGGGCGAAAAUCAUUGCACUCACCUUGACAUGCGUUCACUCAUUCAUAUAUCGGCGUAAUGAGUUGAUACAGCAGCACAUGUUUCAUUGAGGAAUUUUGUACUUCUAUUGCUCCCGUUAAUAGACGCUGCUCAUUUUAAUUUCGCGACGCACGCCCGCCACGCAGGGGUUCGUGACAGGGUUGAUGGGUCGCGCAGAGAUCACGUGCGUGACAAUUUCACGUGCAGCAGCAUCGAAGUGCCAGUAGGGGGAAGAACAGAGAAAUAGAUUUUUGCACCUGUCCCUAGAAAUGAUCAUAUUGUGUGCUAAGCAGGGUUGUUCUGGAUGACCUGAAUUCGGCCCACACGCAAACUACUAAAACAGAUUUGUAUUGAUGUAUUAUUAUUAAACGCCCUAAUCAGGGCCAUUCUGGAA